CAGCCAGAGGCCACAUUACAAAAGUCACAGCCACAGGGGAUUUCUUUUUUUCGGAAACUGACUUUUCGCAGAGGUUCAAUUCCAAUAACGUUAGAUCUGUAAGAAGAUAACACUAGCAGGAACAAGAUGUCAAUUGUCGACCUAAGCACCAACCAGUUGUUUGAAAAGUAUACUAUAGAAGAAAUUAGAAAGUUAGAGAAAGAAACAAGAGAUGAAAUUGAAACAAAGAAAGAGGACCUGCGGCAGAUGGUUGGAGAGCGGUAUAGGGACCUUAUUGAAGCUGCUGACACAAUCACUGAAAUGAAGAAUUGCUCAGAAAAGAUUGUUCAGUCUAUUCAAGAUAUGCAGAAGCAUUGUGUCAAUCUACAGAAGACUCACCUUACUAAAGGCAUUAGUCUAUCCCCAAAGAAAGCAGUUACUUCAGGGUCUCAAUCAUCAGGUUUUUAUGCCAUCGCCUCUCAGACCAAGCUUCUUCUAGAUAUUCCAGAAAAGAUUUGGAGUGACAUAGAGAGUGGUGACCAUUUACACGCCACUCAGCUCUACCUACUUGCAUGUCAUAUCGUGAGCAGCCUACAGCUAGAUACGACAACGCACCAGUCUACUCAACUUCUCAAAUGGUUCCCUGUACUAUCAAGGCAGUGGGCUGCAAUAUGCCACUUCAAACCAAGUAUAUUACAGAGUUGCAGGAAUGUGCUGAAGAAUGCCACUGCAUCAGAUAUGGUGAUCACCAAAGCCCUGUGUUCUAUCAUGCUUCUAGAGGAUACAUCUCCAAGACAAGUCUUUACAGAAUUUUUACUGGCAAGAAAGAAUGCUGUGCACCAAGCAUUCAGUUCUUCACAGUAUGAUGCAAGUGUUAAAAAGCAAGUGUGUGGUGUGACCAAUCUGAUCAAUCUCACUUUGAGGCAGAUCCAUGCUAUCUUCUAUCAUCAAGAAGGUGAUGAAAAUAAUGAUGAGGAAGGGAAUUUACUUCAGAGAGUCCUAACAGAAACCACUUCGACAUCAGAUGGUAAGAGUGUUCUUGCUGAUGAGUUAGCUGUAGGAACAUUCAGUAAGCAUCUACCUGCUAACAUCACAGAUUUUCACCCGACCCUGCGCUCCUCCACCGAUCCUAUCGCUGCUACCUACCUUCAAGAAUGUGUCUCUCAAUGGGUGGAGACUUGUAUCAGUGAUGUUCAUGAUGGGAUCAGCAAACUAUUGAACUAUGUGACCUCCAUCCGAGGCUUGACUAGCAUCAGGGAUGCCGUCUGGGAUCUCCUCCAAGAGGAUGAUAAUGUGCCAGCACUGAGAAAUAUCACCAAGAGAGUCCUUGGAAGAAGUCUUUGUCUGUGGGGAGAAUUUGUCAGACCUCUGUUUCUCACAAGAAUGCAGGCCAUUCUCCAAGAUGCUCUUGACCAGACACUGACCAACAGCCAUCAUUUGGUCAUCCAGGCCUCCCAUGACAUGGAGAGUUCUCCGGCCGAUCUGGACGUUGCUGCCCAUACUUGGAAGGAGAUAUCCUCAGACCUACCAAGCCCGAUGGCCUGGAGGGGCGGGGCAGGCAGCAGGGAUGUGCUCGAUGCUGGUAGCCUGUAUAUGAAGGCCAGGGCUUUUACUCCCAAGACACAGAGCAUCUGUUCUUUCAUCGAUGUGAGACUCAAGAGUCUACUAGAGGACCUUUCAUCCUACACAGACAGACUGACGGACAAACAACCAAGUGACAAACAGAAGCCUGUAUCCUCAAAGCCAAGUCAAGAGCCGUUUGAUAAGUUUGCAGACACUGUCAACCUCCAUAGCUUCCUACAGAUUGCCAGUACCAAGUGUGUUACUAGAUUGGCUGACCAUAUAAAGGAAGAGCUUUCUGAUUGUAAACUAAAGCUAAAAACAGCCCAAGAAGAGAAGUUACAUGACCAGUCAUCUGUUAUUAUUAAUAGAGUUGUGUUUCUAGGUCGUCUUUGUUCAGCUUUGACAGAACUAUCACCGCACCUACAGCAGGCUGUCCUAAUCACAGAGAAGAAGGACAGUAAGGCUGAUACAAUGAGGCUAAGGUCAAAGGUCACAGGGAAACGAGAAAGCAAGAACACUACCUCUGAGGAUGAAUGGAGUAAACUCAAAUCAAUAUUCCAAGAACAAUGCCAGGAAUCAUACAGAAUUUGGAGUGAAUUCACAAGUUCAGAGCUAUUAGAGGAAUUCACCGUCAAUCUAAGGGACACAUCACCUUCAGCUAUGCUCAAGAAUGCCACUGCAUGGGAUUCCAUAGAUAUUGAGGAAGAGACAGAAGAAGGAAAGAAAGUUUCGUCUAAAAUCCGUCUUCCAGUUCAAUCUUCUUGGUAUGUGCAAUCAUUACUGUAUGGAUUGUGUGAAGAAAUCAACAGAAUAGGAGGUCAUGCGCUAUCCAGGAAUAUCAUAUCCCAGCUUGUGAAUACAACCAGCACUGGACUUCUCAAUGCAUACCAGUCUAUGCUUGAUGAAAGGUCGAAGUUCAAAGGUGAAGGUCAUUCCAAGCUGACCCAACCCCAGGCCCUUCAGCUCCUGUUUGAUGUGAGGUUUAUCGGUAGCGUCAUGUCUGGAAGAGGCGAGGAUAAGAAGGAGAAUUCUAGAUUUACUGGCCAGCUUCAGAGACUGAUAGACCUAUUAGAAGGGUUCAUUGACCCCUUUGACCUGGAUGUAUUCACCCCUCAUAUGACCUCAAACCUCAACAGACAUGUCCACAGAAGUUCACUUCUUUUGGGAUUUUUGACCAGUCCUGACCGUCAUAUGUUCUCUGGUCAUCGGUCGUCCAGUGCCGGCUAUCAGGAACAGCACAACGUCCUGCCGCUGACCACCAAACAGGUCCGUUUUAGCCUCCUGCCUCUCAGCACUACCACUACACCAGGUAGCAAGAUCACACUACAACCUGCUGUAAACAGACAAAAACAACCACAGAAACCCUCAAUGGAAAGAUCAUCUCCAAUGGAAGCGAUUCUUCACAAGUCACGUUCCUCUCCAGCAUCUCUCUCGUCUCGUCUCAGCUCAAGUCUGAAAUCUGGUUGGCUUUCUAACCUAGGAGGACAGUCUUGAAUUGAAGAUGACUCCUCCAGGAGAAGUCAUCCCCAAUGGAAGCAAUUCUUCACAAGUCACGUUCCUCUCCUGCUUCUUUCUCAUCUCUUCUCAGCUCAAGUCUGAAAUCUGGUUAGCUCUCUAGACUCUAAUCUGAGAGGACAUUCUUCAAUUGAAGUAGACCAAAAUAUCAGUCUAUUUCUGACUCCGUGGCAUCCCCUCUGUCAAUAGACCAAAGUCUGCCAUUUGACUUAUAGUCCCGUUGCUUCGCAUGACGCUAAACUACAGUGUCUACGGAGAAAAGGAUGAGCUACCUACGUCACCCUCCUCGAUUACUGCUUAAUUCCCCCUUUUGGUGAGGGAAACAGAGCGCAAUAAUGUAAAUUUGUUAAUGAAGAAUGUAAUUAGUUUACUAGCAUCCUGAAAAAUGUGAUUUAAGUUUAAGAUCCAGAAAUUAAAUUCUUAGGAGCCGGUGUUGGUUUCCAACGAUCGAUCUUCGUCAUGUUUCUUUUGCAGUUUGACCAUAUGAAUGCCCUAGCCAAUCACAUUCGUGUUACCAUUUUCAGCUUAUGAUGACUGAAAAAUUGAAUAAUACAGCAAC